GGGGGCCGGGCGGCGGCCGGGCCGGCGGACGGCGGGAUGGGCUGCACCGUGAGUGCCGAGGACAAGGCGGCGGCCGAACGCUCCAAGAUGAUCGACAAGAACCUGCGGGAAGACGGGGAGAAGGCGGCGCGGGAGGUGAAGUUGCUGCUUUUGGGUGCUGGGGAGUCAGGGAAGAGCACCAUUGUCAAGCAGAUGAAGAUCAUCCACGAGGAUGGCUACUCAGAGGAGGAAUGCCGGCAGUACCGGGCGGUCGUCUACAGCAACACCAUCCAGUCUAUCAUGGCUAUUGUCAAAGCCAUGGGCAAUCUGCAGAUUGACUUUGAUGACCCCUCCCGAGCGGAUGAUGCUAGGCAGUUGUUUGCACUGUCUUGCACUGCUGAGGAGCAGGGUGUGCUCCCUGAGGAUCUGUCUUGUGUCAUCCGGAGGCUCUGGGCUGACAACGGUGUGCAGGCCUGCUUUGGCCGCUCCCGGGAGUACCAGCUCAACGACUCCGCUGCCUACUACCUGAAUGACCUGGAGCGCAUUGCACAGAGUGACUACAUCCCCACACAGCAGGACGUGCUACGGACCCGUGUGAAGACCACGGGCAUCGUGGAGACGCACUUCACCUUCAAGGAUCUGCACUUCAAGAUGUUUGAUGUGGGUGGUCAGCGGUCUGAGCGGAAGAAGUGGAUCCACUGCUUUGAGGGUGUCACGGCCAUCAUCUUCUGUGUAGCCUUGAGCGCCUAUGACCUGGUGCUAGCUGAGGAUGAGGAGAUGAACCGCAUGCAUGAGAGCAUGAAGCUGUUUGACAGUAUCUGCAACAACAAGUGGUUCACAGACACGUCCAUCAUCCUCUUCCUCAACAAGAAGGACCUGUUUGAGGAGAAGAUCACACACAGCCCCCUGACCAUCUGCUUCCCUGAGUACACAGGGGCCAACAAGUAUGAGGAGGCAGCCAGCUACAUCCAGAGUAAGUUUGAGGACCUGAACAAGCGCAAGGAUACCAAGGAGAUCUACACGCACUUCACGUGCGCCACUGACACCAAGAACGUGCAGUUUGUGUUUGAUGCCGUCACUGACGUCAUCAUCAAGAACAACCUGAAGGACUGCGGCCUCUUCUGAGGGGCAGUGGGACCUGGCAGGAUGGGCCACCGCCGACUCUGCUCCCCCCAGCUCCUGAGGAAGACGGGGGCAAGAGGACCACACUCCCUGCCUGCCCCCCCUUCCCCAGCUGCUUUCCCCCCUCUUUACUCUCUCUGUUCUUGGCUCCCCUGUCCCCCCGCCUCAGUUCCAGAGACUCGGGGUGGGGAGGAACUGCCACAGGCCUCCCUGUUUGAAGCCACCCCUUGUCCUAGGUGCCGGGAAUGACCGCGGUACCCCCUUCCCGGGCAUCUGUUUUGGUUUUAACCAUUGUCUUAUUCUGUGACGGGGGAAGGGAGCAUAUGCUGAGUCUCCCAAGGCCUGUGUCUGGAGGGGCACUCACUUCUCCAGCCUGGGACCCCUGGCUUCGCUCAACACCAGCCCCUGACCCAGCCCAAGUCCAAAUGUUUACAGGGAGCCUCCUGCCCGUCCCACCCCUCCAGCCGC